UCGAAUGAAAAGUUGAGGAUGUUGAGAUCUUGUGAUGUUCACCGCGCAUGCGCGAACACUUGUCCCCGAGCCUUCGCGCCAAGCGGAGAUCGCGAGACAUCUCCGCUUAGCGGCGCCACAGACGCGCGAAACAUCGCGAAUGGGUUCAAAACUAACCAAAUAAAAGUUCAAACGACUCGAAACAUGUUGCUGAUCGAGAAACUGCUGGUGGUUAUGUUUUGCGUCUUAGAAGCCGACGCGAAAGGAGCAAUCUACUUGACGACUAAAAAUGGAACAUUUCCAAUAACGCUGACAUCCUUGAAGUCUCGCGACGGCACUAUAGCGGAAGGCACUCCGAAGAUUUUAUCCGCGGCCACUAAAAACGUUUCCCGCGACGACAGCGACGACUACUGGGACACCAGUUCGCAGGAACUCUUGCUCUCGAAUUAUAUUAACGACACGUACGACUCGAUAACUAACGAUGCUUGGAGGAGGAACGCGAAGAGGAGCAUCAACGACGCGGUGUCCAAAAACAUUACUCUGGUUUUAGAGAAUCUGCUGAAGAAUUACGAGAACUCUCAGCUGCCGACGCAUGGAAAAGGAUACCCUACCGUAGUCCAGACGAACAUCUUGAUAAGGAGCAUGGGACCUGUGUCUGAACUGGAUAUGGAUUACUCUAUGGACUGCUACUUCAGGCAGUACUGGCGGGACACGCGACUCUCGUUCCUCGGGCCAAUCCGCUCUCUGUCGCUCUCUAUUAAAAUGCUCGAGCGCAUCUGGCGGCCUGAUACGUACUUCUACAACGGGAAGCACUCUUACGUACACACCAUUACUGUUCCGAACAAGCUGCUGAGAAUCAGCCAGCAUGGCGACAUUCUAUAUUCGAUGAGACUAACAAUCAAAGCGAAGUGUCCUAUGGAGCUACGCAACUUUCCCAUGGAUCGACAAUCAUGCCCUCUAAUCCUUGGCAGCUAUGCCUACUCAAACCAGCAGUUGGUAUACCAGUGGCAGAAUUCUGAAAGCGUGAACUUCGUUCCCGGCAUGACACUCUCCCAGUUUGACCUCAUCAGCUUUCCUUAUAGAAACUUCACCUUCACCAGGAGAGAAGGGGAUUUCUCAGUGCUCCAGGUGUCGUUCAACCUGCAACGGCACACGGGUUACUUCCUCAUCCAGGUGUAUGUGCCCUGUAUCCUCAUCGUUGUACUCUCCUGGGUGUCCUUUUGGAUUCAUCGUGAGGCAACGUCAGACCGAGUGGGCUUGGGCAUAACCACUGUCCUGACGCUGUCCACCAUCAGCCUGGACUCACGGACCGACCUGCCCAAGGUGCGGUACGCCACGGCCCUCGACUGGUUCCUACUCAUGAGCUUCUUCUACUGCAUCGCCACGCUGCUGGAGUUUGCUGGGGUGCACUAUUUUACUAAGGUCGGUUCAGGUGAGAUAGUGAUAGACGAUUCGGAAUGGGAGGAGCUGAUAGAGGAGGUGGGGGGCGACGCGUUCGCGGCGCGCCAGCUGGCCGUGCGCCGGCGCAGCUCGGCUCGCUCCGUCACCAACUAUAGCUUCUCCUUACCAGCGGCGAGCCACGAAGACGGCGGCGCGUCCCCGAGCUCGCCGGCAGGCGGCGGCGCCGUGCGGCUCACUAUGGAGCGCACAACGCAGACCGAGACCCGCGUGCCGCGCUGGCGCCAGCUAUUGUACUGCCUUGCUGGAGAUGACCGCUACCGCCGCCAGAGACAGCUGGAAGCGGGCAGUCGUGGCCACAUCAACAGCGUGUCGCACAUCGACAGGGCUGCCCGAGUGCUGUUUCCUGCUUCGUUCGCGCUUCUCAACCUGUUCUACUGGAUGAUCUAUGCGUUCUCCAGUGCCGACUUUGCUUGGAGCGACAACCCUAUCAAUACCCUUUCUCAUUAAUUGGGAUUAGGAAUGUUUUAAUUGUCAAUAAGGUUCAAAAUAGUAGUAGUAAACUAUAUUCCGCAUUUGCGACUUCCGUGAAAAAUAAGGAAAAUCACGUGAGAACUAUUAUGUAAUUUAAAUUAAUGAAAUUAUUUACUAAAGAAUAAUAAUAAAAUAAUAGUGACAUACUUUAUCUUGUUCUUAUCUACCAGGUAAUCUAGAGAUAAUUAAAAUAAAACUCGACAAUCGUGAAUCUAUUUUGUUUUUAAUUACGGAAAAAGUGAAAAAUGAAAUAGAGACAGUCCAUUGAGCAAGGUAAUGCACGUUUAGAAAAAACUAUAUUAGCUUUUACCGAGGAACAUUAUUUAAAGAGUUGCUGAAGACUACUGUGCCUACUAAGUACACUACUAAAGUAGACUGAAUGUGGAGAAUUAGACCAUUCGCGUAAGAUUCUUUAGUCAUUUGUUUUUAGGAAUGCAACAAAACGGCAUUCUCAAUAUUCAAAAGCUUUCACAUAAAAUAUUUACAAGUACAAAAGGUUUUUGCGCAAUAUUGGUACGUGUAUCAGUAAAUAGGAAUGGUAGGCUAAGUCUUGCAUGGCACUGAUUUCAAAAGGCCUCUAGCCUCAAACAGUAAUCAUUCAAUUUUAAACUAAUACAUAGGUACAAAUAGCAGUCACUUUCAAGCACACUACGAUUUCAAAAUACUAUAUAAAUAUUCGUACAUUUAAUUAAUAGGUCUCUCAAUAUUUCGCUGAGAAUAAAUAAUAAAUAUAAUAUUUCCCAUUUUCGAUUUAUUACAAUAUCUUCGUUUUGAUUUAAAUUACGUACAACAUAAAUUAACAUCAAAACCACGUACAACUAUAUACAUU